AUGGUGUCCAUGAUCGAGAUCCAGCGCGAGCUCGUCCUCAGCACCAUCCGCCAGAUGACCCGCGGCGACUGGAAGGUCCUCAUCGUCGAUGAAGACUCCAAGAAGCUCAUCGACAACGUCGUCAAGGAAGACGACAUCCUCAACUCCAACAUCACCAACAUCGAGCGCCUCGAGGACCGCCGCGAGACCCAGCGUGACAUGGACGCCAUCUACAUCCUCACCCCGAAGCCCCACAUUGUCGACUGCAUCAUGGCCGAGUUCGACGUCCGCCGCUACCGCGGCUUCUUCCUCGUCUGGACCACCCUGCUGCCCCCGCCGCUGAAGGAGCGCAUCGACCGCUCGCCCAUGGCCCGCGACCAGAUCCGCGCCUUCAGGACCGUCCACCUCGACUACCACCCCCACGAGUCGCACCUCGUCACCUUCAACGACCCCUGGAGCUUCCCCACCCUCUUCCACCCGGACUGCAACAACCUCGUCGUGCGCCACAUGGAGGACAUGGCCGAGAAGAUCACCGGCGUCUGCGUUGCCCUCGGCGAGUACCCCAUCAUUCGCUACUACCGCCCGCGCACCCCCACCCACGAAGCGAGCGUCCUCUGCUCCCACCUCGCCCGCUUUGUCCAGGACAAGCUCGACAUGUACGCCCAGUUCAACCAGGAUUUCCCCCCACCAUCCAACCGUCCCCGCGGUGCCCUCUACAUUACAGACCGCUCCAUGGAUCUGUACGCCCCCUUCCUGCACGAGUUCACCUACCAGGCCAUGGCCCUCGAUCUGCUGCCCAUCAACGACACCGACAAGAUCACCUACCGCGCCAUCGUCAACGAGGACGAUCCAGGCGCCGAGGAGAAGGACAUGGUCAUCAGCGACAAGGACAAGAUUUGGGUCGAGAACCGCCAUCGCCACAUGAAGGACACGCUGGACAGGCUCAUCAGCGACUUCCAAAAGUUCAUCGCCGACAAUCCCAAUUUCACCAACCAGGACGCCCAGAACGCAGCCGGCAUGAACGGCCUGAAUGCCAUCAAGGACAUGAUUGCCGGCCUGCCUCAGUUCCAGGAGAUGAAGGAGUCGUACACACUGCACCUGGGCAUGGCCGAGAAGUGCAUGGACAUCUUCCAACGCCACAAGCUACCCGAUCUGGCCUCGGUCGAGCAGUGUCUGGCUACGGGGCUCGACGAAGACUACCGCAAGCCCAAGAACAUGGCCGACCAGAUCGUGCGCACGCUGGACGACGAGGCCGUCACGCCCGCCGAUCGCCUGCGCCUCAUUGCUCUCUACAUUCUCUUCCGAGACGGCGUCCUGCCGGCAGACCUCGAAAAGCUCAUCUUCCACGCCCAGCUACCCGCUCCUGACAUGCAAGUCGUUCGCAAUCUCGAUCUCCUCGGAGCGCGCGUCGCCAGACAGUUGAAAGAGAAGCGCGACCCCACCCCGCCCCUCUUUCCUCGAAACGCAGUACCGCCACCCAACGCAGAAGAGUAUGGCCUCUCCAGGUUCACACCAGCGCUGCAAGACAUGCUCGACGCGCACGUCCGAGGUUCUUUGCCCCAGGACGCCUUCCCCUUCACCAAAGCAGCACCCGAAGACAUGAACACGCAGGAAAGCGCACAGGCUUCCUCCCUCCGCUCGGCAAAGCCUACCUGGGCCAAGUCGCGCCUAGCCAGUGUGGAGCCACGACAGCGUGUCAUUGUCUUCAUGGCUGGAGGUGCAACCUACUCCGAGUCGCGCGCCUGCUACGAUGUCUCCGAGAAGACCUCGAGAGACGUCUUCCUCGUCACCUCUCACAUGAUCAAGCCCCAACUCUUCCUCCGCCAACUCGGCGAUCUCAGCCAACGCCGCGACAGACUUCGGUUGCCUGUGGAUCAGCCACAGCCAACAGCACCCAAGCAUCUUUUCGAGAAGCCAGAACCGCCGAGGCCAGCCCCUCCGCCAGCGGGCACCAAGCCCAUGCCGCAGGGCCUGCCAUCCGGUCCGCGUGCCAGCGGACCACGCACAGGCGCACCGCAACCGCCCACGGCAGCGAUGGGACAGAUCAACCUAAAUGCUCAAAGACCACCGGUGCAGAGCCCCGCACCAGCAUCCAGUAGUGGAAAACACGCCAAGGAAGAAAAGGACAAGGACAAGAAGAAAAAGAAGCACCACUUCUUCUCGUCGAAGCACUAG